GACCCCGCCACCCCCGCAGGCCGGGCCAAGCCGCAGCGCAGGCGACCAGCGCGCGUCCCGGCGUCCUCGCGGAGCGGGAUCGCCGGCUCCGACCGAAGCCGACCCAGGGGCCAGACCUUCUCAGUGCAGGAAGGACCCAAGGAGAUUCCAGAGAUCCUGUGGGACUCUGGAGUAGAUCAGAGGCCAGGAAGGGGUGAGAGAGCCGCUCUCUUCGUUCAUUCCCAGGUGCUAUGCUGCUGCUCCUGCUGGGUUUGCUAAGCCCGGCGGCCUGCUGGGCACUGGGCCCGGCCGGCCCUGGCUCCCCAGAGCUGCGGUCAGCCUUCUCUGCAGCUCGCACCACCCCGCUGGAGGGCACGUCCGAAAUGGCGGUGACCUUCGACAAGGUGUACGUGAACAUCGGGGGCGACUUCGAUGCGGCCACCGGGCGGUUCCGCUGCCGCGUGCCCGGCGCCUACUUCUUCUCCUUCACGGCCGGCAAGGCCCCGCACAAGAGCCUGUCGGUGAUGCUGGUGCGCAACCGCGACGAGGUGCAGGCGCUGGCUUUCGACGAGCAGCGGCGGCCGGGCGCGCGGCGCGCUGCCAGCCAGAGUGCCAUGCUGCAGCUCGACUACGGCGACACGGUGUGGCUGCGGCUGCACGGCGCUCCGCAAUACGCGCUGGGCGCUCCCGGCGCCACCUUCAGCGGCUACCUGGUGUAUGCCGACGCCGACACGCCUGCACGCGGAGCUGCGCCCCCGGAGCCGCGCUCCGCCUUCUCGGCGGCGCGCACGCGCAGCCUGGUGGGCUCGGACGCUGGCCCCGGGCCGCACCACCGGCCGCUGGCCUUCGACACCGAGCUGGUCAACAUAGGUGGCGACUUCGACGCGGCGGCCGGCGUGUUCCGCUGCCGCCUGCCCGGCGCCUAUUUCUUCUCCUUCACGCUGGGCAAGCUGCCGCGCAAGACGCUGUCGGUGAAGCUGAUGAAGAACCGCGACGAGGUGCAGGCCAUGAUUUACGACGACGGCGCCUCGAGGCGCCGCGAGAUGCAGAGCCAGAGCGUGAUGUUGCCGCUGCGGCGCGGCGACGCCGUCUGGCUGCUCAGCCACGACCAUGAUGGCUAUGGCGCCUACAGCAACCACGGCAAGUACAUCACCUUCUCAGGCUUUCUGGUGUACCCCGACCUCGCUGCCGCCGGCUCGCCCGCUCUCAAGCCCCCCGAGCUCUGAACCUCAGCUUGGAGGAACCCGGGAAGGCCGUGGGGUGUGCAUGCCGAGCCGGGACCGCAGCCCGAACGCCUCACCAGCCCGAGCAUAACAACCUGCUCAAUGCGCCUCGACUCUUCCAAUAAAAUGGGCCUGCCUCUGUCA